GAUCGUCUCAAUUUUAGAAGUUUGUGCCACUGUAAUAUUCUAUUAUUUUAUUUUUCUAUGUAAAAUACUAAAACUUGGAUGCUAUUUUUAGGAAUUCAUUUCUAAUAUACAGAAUUUCUUAUGGUUCGGUUUUCACUAAUUUUCGAGAAUUUAAUCAAUCUAACCAUUCUUUCUCGACGAUUUCAGUUACUCUGAAUUCUUAGUAAAUGGGGUCUGAGGGGUCUCCACCAGUUACCGUACAUGUAACCGGUUUCAAGAAAUUUUCUGGAGUUUCGGAGAAUCCAACCGAGAAGACUGUCAGUAACUUAGAAGCAUAUAUAAAGAAAAGGGGUGUGCCUAAGGGGGUGAUCCUUGGUAGCUGCAGCACACUUGAGACUGCAGGAGAGGGAGCACUUGUUCCCUUAUACCAGAUGUUACAAUCUUCCAUGAAUGGGAAGGAUUCCGAGUCAUCUGAUUCCAAAAGAGUUAUUUGGCUACACUUUGGAGUCAAUGGCACUAUUACAAAGUUUGCUAUUGAGCAUCUAGCUUUCAAUGAAGCAACAUUCCGUUGUCCAGAUGAGAUGGGAUGGAAACCUGAGAAAGUCCCUGUUAUUCCUGAAGAUGAACUUUUCCAAGCACGAGAGACUUCUCUUCCAGUUGAGGGGAUUUUCAAGGCAUUAGCAGAAAUGGGCUAUGAAGUGAUGGUGUCCAAUGAUGCUGGCCGUUUCGUCUGCAAUUUUGUAUACUAUCAUUCCCUCCACUUUGCGGAGCAGAAUGGGAUCAAGUCGCUCUUUGUGCACGUGCCACCCUUCUCGAUUAUUGAUGAGGAGACACAAAUGCAGUUCGCUGCUUCUUUGUUGGAGGUACUUGCUUCUUUGUACUAGUAUUCCACCAACUCCCUGUCAUAUCUUUAUGCUCAGAAGCAAAUAUGGUUGUAUUCUUAUUGGCCAUGUAAAUGGAAGUUGGAUGGCUGCUUAUCGAUUUUUUCUGCUCUAAUGAACAGUUAAAUGUAUGUGAACUGAAAAUGCAUUUGUGGAAUUCAUCUAAUGUAUUUUGUGCAAUGUUUUUCCAUCUCUGA